AGCUGAGUCGUUUUCUGAGAAGAGACCAUAUUUGUUCGCAGAGGAAGCCGUUGCUUUCUGGGAUCUGGCUACAGCAGAAAAGACGGUCUGCUCCAGAAAGGCUGCUCUAGAGGGAAGCUGGCAGUUGGAAGAGCCCAGGACGCCUCCGAGCUCUGGAUUGGGGGUCCUCCGUCUAUGGGUGCAGCGCCCAUGCCCAGCCUGUGAGCUUCCUCCUGGAGAGCAGCCAUGGCGCUUCGGAAUGUGCCCUUUCGCUCAGAGGUCCUGGCCUGGGACCCCGAUAGCCUUGCUGACUAUUUUAAGAAGCUGAACUACAAGGACUGCGAAAGGGCCGUGAGGAAGCACCUCAUCGACGGGGCGCGGUUCUUGAGCCUGACGGAAAACGACAUCCAGAAGUUCCCCAAGCUCCGGGUGCCGCGCUAUGCUUUUUGCCUUCGCAGACCCCAAGUCCAGCGGUUUCCUGAAGAGACAGAGAGCCAUGAAGAGGACAAUGGCGGCUGGUCGUCCUUUGAAGAAGAUGACUAUGAAAGUCCCAAUGACGAUCAGGAUGGGGAGGACGACGGUGACUACGAGUCCCCCAAUGAGGAGGAAGAGGCACCCGUGGAAGAUGACGCCGACUAUGAGCCGCCACCCUCCAACGACGAGGAAGCUCUGCAGAGCUCCAUCCUGCCGGCGAAGCCCUUCCCCAACACCAGCUCCAUGUACAUCGACCGGCCCCCAUCCGGGAAGGGCCCCCAGCAGCCGCCCGCGCCCCCGCAGAGACCCAUGGCCGCCCUGCCUCCCCCGCCGGCCGGCAGGAACCACUCGCCACUGCCCCCACUCCAGCCCAACCACGAAGAGCCUAGCAGAGGCAGAAACCACAAAACGGCAAAGCUGCCACCUCCUUCCAUAGACAGAAGCACAAAACCUCCCCUGGAUCGCUCGUUGGCUCCGUUUGACAGAGAGCCCUUCACACUAGGAAAGAAACCAGCGUUUUCUGACAAGCCCUCCGUCCCGGCGGGAAGGCCUCUCGGAGAGCCUUUAUCCAAGAUACAAAAGCCUCCUCUGCCGCCAGCGACCGAAAGACACGAAAGAAGUAGCCCCCUGCCAGGGAAGAAGCCACCUGUGCCCAAGCAUGGAUGGGGACAAGACAGAAGAGAGAAUGAGGAAGAUGAUGUGCAUCACAGGCCUCUGCCCCAGCCAGCACUACUUCCUAUGAGCUCCAACACUUUCCCUUCAAGAUCUACCAAGCCGGGCGCCAAGCACUCUCUCCCAUCCUCCCACGUGCCUGGAGCUUUCUCAGAAAGCAACAGCAGUUUUCCACAGAGCGCCUCUCUGCCGCCCUACUUCUCUCAAGGUUCUAGCAACAGAACACCUCUAAGAGCUGAAGGCCGAAACUUCCCCCUGCCAGUUCCAAACAGACCUCGGCCCCCAUCCCCUGCGGAAGAAGAGAAUUCAUUAAAUGAAGAGUGGUACGUUUCUUAUAUUACCCGACCAGAGGCAGAAGCUGCUCUUAGACGGAUAAACCAGGAUGGCACUUUUCUGGUUAGAGACAGCUCUAAAAAGACAAUAACCAAACAAACCCUAUAUCAGGACUUUUUGUCUGUGUCAGAUAUUAUUGACUACUUCAGGAAAAUGCCACUUCUGCUGAUUGAUGGGAAAAACCGAGGUUCCAGAUACCAGUGCACAUUAACGCACGCUGCAGGGUAUCAGUAGCAAGGUAGCCAAGCAAACAAGCCUUGCUCCUGCCUGUGUUGCCAACACGGAUGAUCGGUCAACUUUGGUCAAUGGACAAACACUCAGGACUGAAUUGAGACCCUCACCAUGAACACAAGGGUUUUGUCCUUUCCUUUAAAAAGUGUUUGCAAUGAAGACUGUCAAAUAUCCCAUAAUUUAUUUAUUCUUCUUCAAUGUUUAUAAAGUGCAUGAGUAAUAGCAUUCACACUUGAAGUCUAGUAAUGCAUUGUAAUAAUUCAUUUUAAAAAAUGUGUAUUUUUGAAUACCCAUUUCAAAGUACAGUAGUUCACAUAGCUAAAGAAGUAAUUUGGGGCAGGUUUAAAAACACUGAAAUAGUAAUUGUUAUUGGUAUCACAUAAAACUGUAUUUUUGUAUAGCCAAACCUCUUGUCAGUCAGAGGCAUCAUUAGUUUUAUAAAUAUAAUUUAAAAAUUACUAAAAUUCAUUUUCUCAGCAGCAAUAAUUUAAGAGGCUUCAAAAAUAUAAUUUCAUUCCUUCUCAUUGGUGUUUUUUUUUCCUGGGGGUGAGAAUUUUUAUGUACUUUUUUAUGAAAAGAUAAAUGCAUGUUGGGAUAACUUCUGGGAUUAAAAUUGUCUUUUGCUUUA